AUGUUAACACGCUUUAGAGUCUGCCUUAAGAAACCAGAGAACAUGCUAAAUGUACCUAGGCAAACAAAUCUUAUAAAUGGGAAGGGUGGUUUUCUAGUUUCAGCUAGCCAAAGGUACAAUGCAAAAGACUGUAGGGAUGCCGUAACCAACUUUGUUAUCCUUGACGAACAUGCUUUUAGAGUUGUAGAAGGUGAGGGGUUCAAGCAAUUAUGUAAAAAAUUACAACCACUAAUGACCCCUCCUUCAAGGAGAACAGUUGCUCGCGAUUGUUUCGACAUUUAUGUCAAUGAAAAAUUAAAACUGAAGGCAUUUUUCAAAUCUGAUUGUAGAAGGGUAACCUUAACCAUGGACUGUUGGACGUCCAUUCAAAACCUUGGUUACAUGGCCAUCACCACACACUUUGUUGACAAUAGUUGGAAAAAUAAAAAAAGAAUAAUUAGUUUCGCCCAAAUACCAAAUCACAAAGGAGAAACCAUUGGUAAGCAAGUUGAGGAGGUUUUAAAGGAGUGGGGGAUUAGAAACGUGUCUACAAUAACCGUUGACAAUACUUCUGCGAAUGAUGUGGUUGUCUCUUAUUUAAAGAGAAGACUUAAGAACAUGAAUGGGCUAAUGGGUGAAGGGGGUCACUUGCAUAUGAGGUGUGUAGCACACAUAUUGAACUUGGUAGUAAUGGACGGCUUAAAGGAUCAAGAUUUGUCUAUUUUUAGCAUCCGCAAUGCUGUUAGGUUUGUUAGAUCUUCACCACAAAGAGCAUCAAAAUUCAAAGAAUGCAUAGAAAUGUCAAGGAUAGCAUGCAAAAAGCACCUUUGUCUUGAUGUUCCCACUAGGUGGAAUUCAUUAUAUUUGAUGUUGGAUGCCGCCGUAAAUUUUCAAGAAGCUUUUGAGAAGUUAGAGGGGGAGGAUGUUGGGUAUAAGGAGUGGUUUGGUAAAACUGGCCCAGGUAGUUCUAGUGAUUGGGAAAAGGUUAGAGCUUUUGUUAGUUUUUUACAAAAUUUCUAUGAUGCUACAAUGAUAUUUUCAUCCUCUCAACAAGUGUCUUUGGAUACCACAUUUCACAACCUAGCUUCAAUAUUGUGUGAGCUUCAAAAGGAAGCAAUGAACUUGAAUAUUGUUGUGGCUUCAAUGGGAGUAUAUAUGAAGGAAAAGUAUGAUAAGUAUUGGGGGAAUGUUGUGAAAAUGAACCAAUUGCUUUAUUUUGGAGUCUAA